UUUUUCUUCAAUCACAAUAUUUUAUAAGUAAGUAGUUUGUUAAAUAUUUAAUUUAAGAAAAUUAUUAAGUAUGUGAUUUAUUGGCAGACUGGUGCAAAAGCAAAGGACGAUCUACCACUUUCUUAAAAAAAAACCGUGGACCCCUUAAACGAAAAAGUGAAUCAGAUGGAUGCAAAAAUUGGAGCUGUUUUGGAGCGGUUAUUUUCAGAGGUGAUUGCUUUAAGGAAAGAAAAUGGUACCCUUCGAAACAAUAAGAGACCAACCAUUGCAGAGGGCGUCCUGCCAAGAAGCCCAUUUAAGGAAAAGCAUGCAUUUAUGGAAUUUGAAAAAGACCUUGGGAGUUCAAGUGAAAAACAACAAUUAUUGGUUUCUGAACUCGAAGCUAUAAAUAUUUUAAAUGUAGAUAAAUGUUUAAGAACGUACUGGCGGAAAAUUAUUACAGAUGAGGUAGCAGAACUUUUCUCGUGGAAGGGAACUGGUACCAAAUGCAACGCUAUUGGUUUGGCAACGACUGCGGCAAUAAGAAGUACUGAUUAUAAUAUUAUUUAUUACCACUUUUUAUUUAAUUCAAUUUUCCGAUUUCCAAUGGAGUUUAAUCUUUAACUUU